GUACAGUAGGCCUCUCUAGACUUAGCUGCAACUAAGAAUUUCUCCUACAUCAACAAAGUUAAUGGUGAUGCUCUUGUGGAUUGGCGAAUAAAAGUGCGCACUAAGUAUUUAAGAAGCGGAGAAAACAAUUUUUGUCUUCUCAAAGUUGUACCACAACCACUACCAUCAAGACAGCAAACCAAUGGACAAAGAAUUUGAUCCACAGUGUUUGUAAAACUAAGCUGAUUUCCUUUACUAAGGCUUGGGGUCUGUGACCUGGACAUCAGCAUUUGGAAGUUACUUUGUUUACAAAAAUGAGGGCGGCUUUGGAACCAGCAGACAUUGCCAUUGUGGCACUGUAUUUUGUGCUUGUGCUGUGCAUAGGCUUUUUUGCCAUGUGGAAAUACAAUCGAAGCACUGUAAGUGGGUACUUCCUGGCAGGGCGAUCUAUGACAUGGGUAGCAAUUGGUGCUUCCUUAUUUGUGAGCAACAUUGGGAGUGAACACUUCAUUGGGCUUGCAGGAUCUGGAGCAGCGAGUGGAUUUGCCGUGGGGGCAUGGGAAUUCAAUGCCUUAAUGCUUUUGCAACUCUUAGGAUGGGUCUUUGUUCCAGUCUACAUACACUCUGGAAUAUACACCAUGCCCGGGUACUUAUCCAAACGUUUUGGAGGGCAUAGAAUUCAAGUUUACUUUGCAGUGUUGUCUCUAAUUCUAUAUAUCUUCACCAAACUUUCUGUAGACUUGUAUUCAGGUGCAUUGUUUAUUCAAGAAUCACUGGGCUGGAAUAUUUAUUUGUCAGUUAUACUGUUGAUUGGAAUGACUGCAUUGCUGACAGUGACUGGGGGUCUUGUGGCUGUCAUCUAUACAGACACGGUUCAAGCUUUGCUUAUGAUUAUCGGUGCCUUCACACUUAUGAUCAUAAGUAUUUCAGAAGUUGGUGGGUUUGAAGAGGUUAAAAGAAGGUACAUGUUGGCAAAACCAAAUGUUACAUCCAUCUUGUUGACAUAUAACCUUUCAAACACUAAUUCAUGUCAUGUUGACCCAAAGCCUGAUUCACUGAGAAUGUUGCGUGAACCAACUGAUGAAGAUGUUCCUUGGCCUGGUUUCCUUUUGGGACAGACUCCAGCUUCUGUAUGGUACUGGUGUGCAGACCAAGUCAUUGUUCAGAGGGUUUUAGCAGCAAAAAAUAUUGCUCAUGCCAAAGGAGCCACUUUAAUGGCAGGUUUUUUAAAGCUUUUGCCUAUGUUCCUUAUAGUUGUCCCAGGUAUGAUUUCACGAAUACUGUUUGCAGAUGAUAUUGCAUGUAUCAAUCCAGACCAUUGUUUGCAAGUUUGUGGAAGCAGAGCUGGAUGCUCUAACAUUGCCUAUCCACGUUUGGUAAUGAAGCUUGUUCCUGUUGGUCUGCGAGGCCUUAUGAUGGCUGUAAUGAUUGCUGCACUAAUGAGUGAUUUGGAUUCUAUAUUUAAUAGUGCAAGUACCAUAUUCACACUCGAUAUCUACAAGCUCCUUAUUCGGAAGAAUGCAUCAUCUAGAGAACUGAUGAUUGUUGGAAGAGUCUUUGUUUUCUUUAUGGUAGUAAUAAGCAUUGCUUGGGUCCCAAUAAUAGUGGAAAUGCAAGGAGGCCAAAUGUAUCUAUAUAUACAAGAGGUAGCAGACUAUUUGACUCCACCAGUGGCUGCUAUAUUUCUCUUGGGGGUAUUUUGGAAGCGUUGCAAUGAGCAAGGGGCCUUCUUUGGUGGAAUGCUUGGAUUUGCUUUGGGAGCUAUACGACUGAUAUUGGCAUUUAUCUAUCGUGUUCCUGAAUGUAACCAACCAGACACAAGACCAUUCUUUAUCAAAAGUAUCCAUUACAUGUAUGUUGCCACUGCACUGUUCUGGAUCACUGGAAUUGUGACUAUAAUUGUAAGCUUUCUGACGCCGCCACCUUCAAAGGAGCAAAUUCGGACGACAACAUUCUGGUCUAUGAAGAACAGGGCUGUAAAGGAAAGUGCAUCAGGAGGCAGUUCAUUCAAAGCACAAGAGAAGACUGUCUUAAAAUACAAUGAAACUCCCAACACAAUAUCUUCAAAUGGGAAAUCUGAAGAAAAUGUUAAAAGUGAUCAGCCUGAAAAUGUCAAUCUUUUAAUUACUUGCAGAGAUGACAGCAAUCCAGUGAUUUCUAUGAGCAACUCUGAAGUUGAGACACCAGUUGAUUGCUAUUCUAAUGGACAGGCAGCUCUUAUGGGUAUAAAGAAGACUGAGGCGGUGGCUAAUGAUAAACACUGGAAAUUCAUAGAUUGGUUCUGUGGCUUUAAAAGCAAAAACAUAAACAAUAGAGUCAUCCAGGAUAAAGGGGAAGAUGAGACUAUUUGUCUACAAAUGCUGAAUGAGACUCCCAAAGUUAAAUUGCUAUUAAAUAGUGGACUAUUCUGUGUGUGCUCAAUUGGAAUAUUCAUGUUUGUUUAUUUCUCUUUGUGAACAAAUCAUGAAUCUUAAAAGUAUGGACAGACAUAUAGAAGUAGAGUUGCAGGGCCUUGGUAAAUAUUUUUAUUUGUGUGUUCUUGUCUUACAUCUCAGGUGUACUUUACACUAUUGUCAGCCAAAUUGUUUUUCAACCUGAUUUGAAAAUCAUUUUACUUUUUAUUAUCAUAGCAUUUCUGCUUUAAUGCAGAAUGUCUGUGGAAUUUCAUUUAGUACUAAAUGUUGAGUGUUAGCAUACCAAAGUAAGAAAUUAGUAUGUUAAAGGUGAAAUAUUAAGGCACUCUGUCAAAGAUCCAGCAAAACUGUAAAUGGUGUUAAAGUUGGAAUAUUAAGAGUUAAAACCUUUUAAAUUAUUAUGUAAAGAGUGUUCAAGUGUGAGAAGAUUGUAUAUUCAAAGUUAUCCCUAUAAGGUAACUUUUCCUGAUUCUCUCUCCCUACAAUCUUCAAACACCAGAUCAAACUAUGUUCCCAACAAAAAUCCACUAAGUGUGUUUUACCUGACUCUAGGUAUUUCAAAUGGCUUGAAAUUCUGUAUUGCUAAGUCUACAGUUGUCCUUUACCCCUUUUAGAUAAAAACAAAUAUUUUAAAAUAGCAAUUUGUACUCUUGCUGUCUUUGUUAGAAGUCUGCUAGUAGCAAUGAGUAACAACAUCUACAAAAAAACAAAAUAGAUGCAUUCAAAGCUAUGCAGAAAGAAUAGUUCUGAUGCUGGGUACUUUGACCUAUAUUGUCUUCAUAAAUGUAUCAAAAUGU